CCAGAGGGCCGCAGGAUCGGCGCGCUCGAGGUGGGUGCGGGCACCGGCGGCACGGCCGCGCAGGUCCUGCCGGUGCUGGCGCCGGCGUGCGACCGGUACAUCUUCACCGACGUGUCGGACUUCUUCCUGCGCCAGGCGGCGCGCCGCUUCGGCUCGUUCGCCUGCUUCGAGGCCGCGCUGCUCAACAUUGACGCCGACCCGAGGCUGCAGGGCUUCGCCUCGCACGAGCUCGACCUCGUCGUGGCGGCCAACGUGCUCCACGCCACGCCGAGCGUGCUCACCGCCCUGCGCCACUGCCGCCAGCUGCUGCGGCCGGGAGGCGCCCUCGUCGUCAACGAGGCGGUGCGCGUGUUCCGCUUCGUACAGGUCGUCUUUGGCCAGACGGACGGCUGGUGGCUCUUC